UCCGGAAGUGGGACGGCGUCGCCGUGGUAACCGCAGUAAACUGAGAUCUUGGACAGAUGCUGGGACUACAAACGCCCGGCAGCGAUCGGUGCCUUAGCUUUAUCCCUUUCUCUGUCUCAAUUUUGCUCUGAGACAAAAUGAAGGAACCAGAUGAUCAGGAUACCGAUAGAAGGGAAUCGGACAGAUCAAGGAGUAGUAGAAGGCAGUCUCUGAAGUCCUCGCAGUCUGCACCAAGAGCCUCUAUAAAAGAAGAUGACAGAAUCUUAGAAGAUACCACAAAUGAAACAUUUUCCGAAGAGGAAGAAUCGUAUGUAGAGGAGGAUGACUCAUAUGUGGAACAUUUGGAAAGAAGUUCAAGUUCAAUUCAAGAUGAUUAUGUGGAAAGCACUGGAAAAUCUCAGUAUAUGGAAACCCCUCAUUCAGCUGAAGAAGAGGCAGAAAAGGAAGUUAAGAAGAAAAUAUCACAGAGCUUCUUCUAUGAUUAUAAGGAGCUGGUUUCGAUGCCCUUUGUGACUCCAGAUUCGAACAUACCGUUGGAUCUUCUCACACUGGUACAUUCUUUUGGUUAUGACUGUAGAAGGCGGGCCAACCUACAACUUCUGGACAGCAAUACAGUGGCGUACAUAGCUGGGAACCAGCUGAUCCUUCUGAAUUUGAAAACUAAGGAACAGUUCUACCUGCGAAGUAGCAGUGGUAGAGGAAUUGGUGUUAUUGGGGUUCACCCUGAUAAAACAUACUUCACAGUAGCUGAAAAAGGAGUUUCCCCAAAGAUUAUCAUCUAUGAAUAUCCUUCUCUGAAGCCCUAUAGAAUCCUUCGAGAUGGGACUGACCUGGCCUAUGCUUAUGUGGACUUCAACUGCGAUGGGACGUUGCUGGCCUCUAUUGGUGGCAACCCUGAUCACACACUGACCAUCUGGAACUGGAAAGAAGAACAGCCUAUACUGAGGACCAAAGCUUUUUCCCAGGAGGUUUUUAAGGUUACUUUCAAUCCUGACAAUGAUGAGCAGCUUACUACGUCGGGAUCAGGCCACAUCAAAUUCUGGGAAAUGGCUCUAACAUUCACUGGUCUCAAGCUUCAGGGUUCAUUAGGUCGAUUUGGCAAAACAGCCACUACUGAUAUAGAAGGUUAUAUGGAGCUCCCAGAUGGGAAGGUUCUCUCAGGAUCAGAAUGGGGCAACAUGCUGGUUUGGGAAGCUGGCCUCAUCAAAGUUGAGCUCUGUCGAGCUGGAAAUAUAAGUUGUCAUCAGGGUCCCAUCAACCAGAUAAUGCUGGAUGAGGGUGAAGUUAUCACUGUCGGGUCAGAUGGAUGCAUUAGGAUUUGGGAUUUUGAGACCAUAGACACUGCUGAUGCUAUAGAUGAGUCUGGAUUGAUAGAGAUUGAGCCCAUUAAUGAACUUCAAGUAGACAAGAAUGUCAAACUCUUCUCUAUGAUAAAAAUGAAUGAAACUGGACAUAACUUUUGGUUGGCUCAAGAUGCCAAUGGAGCCAUAUGGAAGCUUGACCUUAGUUUUUCAAAUAUCACCCAAGAUCCAGAAUGCCUCUUCCACUUCCAUUCUGGAGCCAUCGAAGCCUUGGUCGUCUCGCCUAUCACUUACCUCAUGGCCACUACUGGCUUGGACUGUUCUAUUCGAAUCUAUGAUUUUGCUAGCAAAACUCCUUUGUCUCAUGUGAAAUUCAAACAAGGAGGUACUGCUCUUGCUUGGGUACCCCGACUGAUAAGCUACACUGGAGCACAGAUUAUUGUUGGAUUCGAAGAUGGGGUUGUUCGAAUUCUUGAACUUUAUGAUCCAAAAGGGCUCACAAUUUUUGCAGGACGGAAGAAAUUUUUGGAUGCAGAUCUUCAUUUGAAAUAUGUUUUCAAACCCCAUACUGCUCAUAUCACUGCUUUAGCUUAUGAACGUGAUGGAGAAAUUCUAGCCACAGGGAGUAAAGAUAAAACUGUCUUCUUCUUUGACGUGGAAAAGGAUUAUAAACCAAUUGGUUUUAUUACUACUCCUGGACCUGUUUGCCAGUUAGUAUGGUCUACAGCCUCUCAUCCUGAAAGUACUUUACUGAUUAUCUGCAAGAAUGGCUAUAUUCUUGAAGCUCCAUUUCCAACCAUGAAGGAGGAAGAGGAGGGAGAUCAUAAUGUAGUUUCCUAUGAAAUCAAAGACAUGCACAUAAAAUGUUUCCAUUUCUCAAGUGUUAAAUCUAAGAUUCUGAGAUUAAUAGAAAUUGAGAAGAGAAAGAAACAAAAGGAGUUGAAGGAGAAGGAAAAGGAAGAAAGGAGGAAACAGCUAGCAGCCACGAUGGGAGAAGAUGGAGAAAAGGAAUUCCAUGAGGAAGAGGAGGAGGAGGAGGAAGAGGAAGAGCCAUUACCCGAAAUCUUUAUUCCAUCCACCCCCUGUCACAUCCUCUGUGGAUUUUACUCUGGACCAGGGAAGUUCUGGGUUUCUUUGGAUGGCUAUGAUGCUGGUUUUCUUUAUCACUGUGAGUUCCCUACAUAUGACAAAAACAGUGAUAUCACAGAAAAGAAAGAUGAACCUUUUGAUUUCCGUUUUCUUGAGGAUACAGAGGAUAAUCCCAUUCAUACUAUCACUUUCAGUAUUAACCAAGAUAUGAUGUUUUGUGGAAUGCAAGAUGGAGCAAUUCGAGUCUAUAUCCUAAAUGAGAAUGAUCUUUCAUUGAAAAAUAUGGAGAACUACUGGCACUUUAAUAUACAUGACAGUACUUAUGGAUGUAUUAAAGGCAUUUCUACUAGCUUUGAUGACCGUUUUUUGGUGACUGCUGGAGCAGAUAGUAAUAUUUUUGUUUUCAGCAUUUUUCCUGAAUUUGAGUUAAGGAAAGGCAUCAAAGCCAAAGUGCCAUCUGCCAGGUUUGGAAUUGAAACAGAGCCAAUUCCAGAAGAUAUUGAAGAUCCCAAAGCCUACAGUAUUGAGGAUGCCAGAAAAAAAAGAGAACAUGACAAAUUAAUGAAAGAGGUGGAAGAAAUAAAGGCGGGGAAGAGAGAACAGCUCAGAGCUUUGAGGAAUGAGUUUCAGAAACUACUACAAAUGAAUGAAGAAUUACCCGAGCAUAUGCAGUUUAAACGAACAGAUUUUGAUCUAGAUUCCAAAAUUCGUGCUGAGAUUAACAGAAAAACAGUUCAUAAAAUUCAACAAGUGGAAAAGGAAUUAGCUUGGGAAAAAGAGAAACAUCAACUUGGCCUAAUGAAGCUACAGAAUAGAUUUCGCGAUUCAUUGCAAAGUGAUGCUAUUGUUGUUCAUGCCAUACAAAGUGAUCACAAGAUAGCCUCCUACAGGCUUAUGAAGCCCUCUAAGUACUUCAGAGCCAAACAGGCAAGUCAGUCAGAGAGAAGACCAAGCAAAAUGGAGAGGUUUGAUAAAGAGGGAGUGGGAAAACAGGAGAGCCAGAAAGAUAAAGGUGGGACUGUUGGUAUGCCAGAAGAAAUUAUAGAAAAAGGGAAGGAAUUUCGGCCUAAAACCCUAAGUCAGAUUAUGGUGGAAAAUCAAAUUGAGAAAACGAGGAAACUUAUAUUAAAAGCUGAAAGGGCCCAAUUUAAGAUUCAGCAGCGAAAAAAAGAAUGGGAGGAACUGUACAAGAGUAAACCUGCUGAUGACUAUGAAGAUCCCAAAGAUGUUCAAGCCAUCAAAGAGGCUCAGAUGUAUAUGGGAGACUUCAACCUGAAGACAGCCCCUGACUAUAAGAUACCUGAGCACAUGAGAAUAAAUGCUGCCAAGAAGGAAGAGGAACUUGGGCACCUAGACUCUAUGACCCAUACAAAGAAAAUGAAUAUGAACAAGUGCAUCGUCUCUCUCAGAGACCUUAAAGUGGCUGUCAUUGAGGAAAUACAGUGCCUGGUACAAGAGCUGAAGAACAUUCAGUCAACUCUUCACAUAUCCAAGCACAUCCCCAUUCCUCAAAUUCCUCAGAUACACCCGGAAGAAGUUCCUGAAAAGAGAUUUCACUAUGAUGAACAAACUCUCCAAACUUUUAAGCUUCAGAACACGGAAAGAAAGAGUGAAAAGACCCCUCAAAUGGAACAGGCAGUGUCUAUAGGCCAAAGCGGAGGAUUUCUCAGACUCUCUUCUGGAAAGGAUGGGGAUUUGACCACACGAGAUUCAGUGUCUAGAUCGUCAAAGGCAUCAUCAUUCGGUCUAGAUAAUACAAAGUUAAUAGAAUUUGAAAAAGCAGAUCCAAGUGAUGUGGAAUUGGAGAUUAUGAGGAGGGAUGAAAUUAAAAACAUAUACAUGCAACAGUAUUUGACCAACAGGAUCAAAGAACUGACUAUCACUUUUGAUGCAGAACUCCAUCUCCUGAGACAUCAGAAACUGAAACUAGAUACUCAGAUGAAAUUAUCUGACCUGCACCAUGUCACAUUAUUUCAAGAAAUCCUUCUCCUCAAGAAUUUUGAAAAACAGGAGAACAUACUUCAAGAGCGUGUUAAUUCAUUAGACAAAGAAGAACAGGACAUGCAAUGGAAAAUAAAUGAAACUCUUAAAGAAAUGGAAGAGAAAAAGAAUGAAAUCAAUAAGCUCCAGGAACAAGAAAAGGCGCUUUAUGCUGGUUUCCAAACAGCCCUUGGAGAAAACAAUAAAUUUGCCAACUUCCUCAUGAAAGUUCUAAAGAAGAGGAUUAAGCGGGUAAAGAAAAAGGAGGUUGAAGGAGAUGCUGAUGAGGAUGAGGAUAGUGAUGAAUCAAGUGAAGAAGAAUCCAGCUUGGAGAGUGAUGAGGAUGAGUCUGGAUCUGAAGCUGAGGUUUUUGAUGAUUCUAUCUGUCCUACAAAUUGUGAUGUGGGUCUUUUUGAACUGGCGCUUCAACUUCGAGAAAAAAGGCUGGACAUUGAGGAGGCCUUAGUUGAAGAAAAAAAAAUCAUCGACAACCUCAAAAAGGAAUAUGAUACGUUGUCCAAAAAAGUCAAAAUUAUAGCUACUAAUCUUAAUGCAGCUGAGGAGGACCUGGAGGCUUAUCAACGAGAGAAGCAGCAGCGGCUGAAUGAACUGCUGGUUGUGAUUCCACUCAAGCUCCACCAGAUUGAGUAUGUGGUAUUUGGAGAAAUACCUAGUGAUCUUUCUGGAACUUUGGUCUUUUCUAAUCGCUCCUUGGGACAGCUUCAAGAUCGAAUUGUACAGCUCCAUGAGGAGAAUUCUAAGCAACAAAAAAUUAACAAAGAAUUUCGGGAGAGGCGUAAACAGCUUAUUCGAGAAAAGAGAGAGAUGGCAAAAACCAUACAGAAAAUGGAAGAAACAGUCCGUCAACUAAUGAUCAGCAAGUUUGGCCGUGUGAUAGACCUAGAAGCUCUUCAGACACUUUCUGUGAAUACAACACUUGAAGAACUGAAGAUCAGAAAACUUCGAAAGGAGCUUUUGAAUGCAAAGGAAAUCAAGAUGUGGGAGGAGAAGAUUGCUCAAGUGCGAUGGGAACUGAUGAUGAAGACAAAAGAACACACCAAAAAGCUCCACCAGAUGAAUGAUUUGUGUAUUGAAAAGAAGAAACUUGAUUCUCGAUUGAAUACACUACAGAACCAGCAGGGCAAUGCCUUCCAGGGCCCUCGGAAAGCAGAUACUGUGGCGAGAGAGAAGGUCACUCAGCUGAUCCACUUCCAGGCAGAAAGGAUUUUGGCCUUAAAGGAAGAGAUCGCUCUUUUGCGUAAGAAAGGUGGCCUUAUCCUCCCACCCAUUCAGACACCACAGGAGAACAGAUGAAAACCCUGGGCCUUUUAAGUUUGCUUUUUUUUCUCAAAUCCAUCCAAGAUUUCUGACAUAAAAUUCACCAGAAAUUCAGUUUCCUUGUUUCCUGCAACAAGCCUGUUAUUUUAAAGUGAACUGAUCUAAAAGUCUAAAACCACAUCUAGUGAUGUAGUUUCAAUAAUUUUUGGUAAUCUUAGGACUGCAGUGCCCAACAUCUAUUUAUUAUUGAAUGGAAUCAUUUUAGAUCUGUUUGGAACCAACUAGAUUGAGUAUGAAGUCUUAGAAGACUCUGUCUCAAACUGCAAGGAAGCAUCUUUGAUACAUCCCAUUUUAGGAAAUUUGAUUUUUGGUUAUCUGAAUUUUUAGCCAUUGGCAAGAAAAACUAUCAUUGAGAGCAUUGGCCCAGAUUUGAGGUUCCCCCUGGAUUAGCUAAGUGAAAACUGAGAACAUUAGCCCUGUCUGUCCCACUCCUGGAAGUGACCUCUAGGCUUUUGGCCAGGUGGUCUGAAGUCACAUCUUUUUUCUCUUACCUGCUCUACCUCUCCUUUCCUAGCAUUUCCAUGUUAUGUAUAGUCCUUAAUUUUAUUUAAAAUAUUUUUAAAAUACUGCUUUUCUGAAAAUACGUUGUGUCUCAAUGACAAUUUUUCCAAGUUAGCUGUUGGAUAGAAAGAUUUAACAUCUAAAAGUUGGCGCUGUUUCUUCUGGCCAGCAGAGGGUGUACUUGUCCUAGACCAUUAGAGUCACUCCUGGGCUUUCCUAUCAUCUUGUUUAUCCAAUUCAUGAUGAGAGAAGCCAGGGUCUGGCGUGACCACUCUUAACGGGAUCAAGUGGCAUUUCAUCCAUAAUUCAGCUUUACUGAAAUCUAGAAGAUAACGCUGCAAGUCUGCCUCCAUCUAGUUCCAGUUCCACAUUUAAAGGCUGAUCCUGUGGUUGGACAGCAAGCAGUAAGAGAAUGCUGAUUUUAAACAACUAGUGAGUCAAUUCCUCUGGCCAUGUUGGUGUAUCAGGUACCACAUGUUCACGUGUAGCAAUAACACUUAACUAAAGGGAGAAUAUACCGGGGCUUCAACACAUACCCCUAUAUAGACAGUGUUACUGAUACGACCAGUUUUACCUCAAGUCCAGUCCUAGGUAAGAGAACUGUGAACCCACUUCUCCCUGCCUACUGAACACUGUCUCCCUCUUGGACUAAACACUUAUUAAUGUAUUCUGCAUGAAUAAAAACUGACAUUCAAUAUUUACAAGGCAAAAAAUUAGAAACGUCUGCCACCAUUUCCAGAUCUCAUCUCUUGAUGGAUCUGAAAAUGUCACAAGUGGAUAUUUUCUUCAGAUACUCAAAGACUCAAUCCUGAGGGGAAUGCUGACUCAUAUAUGACGAAGCCGAAGGUUACAGGAAAGACUAAACAUUUAUUUAGAAGUUACAGUGUUUUUAAAGAUAUGUUGCCACAGAUUAUUGAUUCUGGAAGGUUUUUAAUGCUUACAGUACUGUACACAUCUGAGUCUAUUCUCAUGGGCAUCUGAAAAUGUUUUCUGUAGCACCAGUCCAACCAUCUUCACAGGUGUCUCCAGCCUGUGAUACUGUGGCCCUUGCUUUUCCCUCAUGGUCAUCGCGAACUGUGCACCUAGGAUUCUUGCUUUCAGCAGCUACUCUGCAGGCCUCCUCAGUCUGUUUUGGCUAGUCUGUGAUCCUGGUCGACUCCUGCUAUGUUGUAGCUCCUUCGUUUUCCCUCUCAUACGCCCCCGGGUAGGAUUCCCUAUGUCUCUGUGUCUCUCUGGCAUUAUAAAAACACAUAUACAUUUAUUUACAACUGCAUAAAUAUAUAAA